AUGGAUUUGAUGUCGCCGAUCGGCUCCUCUGGCUCACUGGCGGCCAACGCGGACACGCAACCCAUGACUCUACUAUCCAUCCUUCUCUCCUUCCUCCCGAUACCGCAACCACCUUCAGCUGCUAUGGCCCCAACCGCUGCAGAGUAUGUCGCCAAGCACGAGAUACCUGUCUCAGAGGUCAAGCUCGAUUCUCGUGCAGCACGACCUCAAAUCGUCGGCCCUGAUACGCCCGAGGCCCCCUUUCCCAUUGCUCUAGACGGCCCCGUACAGAAGGGAUUUGGUCGAGGCAGCAAGGACUUAGGCUGCCCAACUGCAAAUCUGCCGGAUGAGUCAAUCACACCCAUCAGUUCGGUCGCGAAGACGGGCGUAUAUUAUGGUUAUGCCCAAGUCAUUCCUCCAGCAGAGCAUCCAGAAGGAUUCAGUCUUGAAGAUCUAAAGGUCUUGCCGAUGGUCAUGAGCCUGGGUUGGAAUCCCUUCUACAAGAACGAGAAACUGACGGCAGAAAUUCAUAUCAUUCACGAAUUUGGGAGGGACUUUUACGGUUAUGAGAUGAGGGCAAUCGUUCUUGGUUAUAUUCGUCCAGAACUCGACUAUAUCUCCAGAGAGGCCUUAAUUGAGGACAUAGAAGUCGACAAAUGCGUUGCACUAAAUUGCCUCGAAAGGCUCGGCUACAAGCUGUAUGCCAAAGACUCCCACUUUAGGCUGGGGGCGUCGGAGACGAAGUCGAAUAUGUGA